UGUCAUCAUAAACAUAUGAACCAGUGUGAUGGUGAAAUGAGAUGAGGCUCCGAAAUGGAACUGUAGCCACUGUUUUAGCAUUUAUCACUUCGUUCCUUACUUUAUCUUUUACUACAUGGCAGAAUGGGAAAGAAAAACUGAUUGCUUAUCAACGAGAAUUUCUUGCUUUAAAAGAACGUCUCCGAAUAGCUGAACACAGAAUCUCUCAGCGGUCUUCCGAACUCAAUGCCAUUGUACAGCAGUUCAAGCGUGUAGGAGCAGAAACAAACAGAAGUAAGGAUACGGUGAAUAAAUUUUCAGAUGGUACCCUAAAGCUCUUGAGGGAGUUAACAAGCAAAAAGUCUCUUCAAGUGCCAAGUAUUUAUUAUCAUUUGCCUCAUUUAUUACAAAAUGAAGGAAGCCUUCAACCUGUUGUGCAGAUUGGUAAUGGAAGAACAGGAGUUUCAAUAGUAAUGGGAGUUCCCACAGUGAAGAGAGAAGUUAAAUCUUACCUCAUAGAAACUCUUCAUUCCCUUAUUGAUAAUCUGUAUCCUGAAGAGAAGUUGGACUGUGUUAUAGUAGUCUUCAUAGGAGAGACAGAUAUUGAUUAUGUAAAUGGUGUUGUAGCCAACCUGGAGAAAGAAUUUUCUAAAGAAAUCAGUUCUGGCUUGGUGGAAAUAAUAUCACCUCCUGAAAGCUAUUAUCCUGACUUGACAAACUUAAAGGAGACAUUUGGAGAUUCUAAAGAAAGAAUAAGAUGGAGAACAAAGCAAAACCUCGAUUAUUGUUUUCUAAUGAUGUAUGCUCAGGAAAAGGGCACAUAUUACAUCCAGCUUGAAGAUGAUAUUAUUGUCAAACAGAAUUACUUUAACACCAUAAAAAAUUUUGCACUUCAACUUUCUUCUGAGGAAUGGAUGAUACUUGAGUUCUCCCAGCUGGGCUUCAUUGGUAAAAUGUUUCAAGCGCCAGACCUCACUCUAAUUGUGGAAUUCAUAUUUAUGUUCUAUAAGGAGAAACCCAUUGAUUGGCUCUUGGACCAUAUUCUGUGGGUGAAAGUCUGCAACCCUGAAAAAGAUGCAAAACAUUGUGAUCGACAGAAAGCAAAUCUGCGGAUCCGCUUCAGACCUUCCCUUUUCCAACAUGUGGGUCUGCAUUCUUCACUAACAGGAAAAAUUCAGAAACUCACGGAUAAAGAUUACAUGAAACCAUUACUUCUUAAAAUCCAUGUAAACCCCCCUGCAGAGGUAUCUACUUCUCUGAAGGUCUACCAAGGACAUACACUGGAGAAAACUUAUAUGGGGGAGGAUUUCUUCUGGGCUAUAACUCCAGUAGCUGGAGACUACAUCCUGUUUAAAUUUGACAAGCCAGUCAAUGUGGAAAGUUAUUUGUUCCAUAGUGGCAACCAGGAACAUCCAGGGGAUAUUCUGCUCAACACAACUGUAGAAGUUUUGCCUUUGAAGAGUGAAGGUUUGGAAAUCAGCAAAGAAACCAAAGACAAACGAUUAGAAGAUGGUUAUUUCAGAAUAGGGAAAUUUGAGAAUGGUGUUGCAGAAGGAAUGGUGGAUCCCAACCUAAACCCCAUCACAGCAUUCCGACUUACAGUUAUUCAGAAUUCUGCUGUUUGGGCCAUUCUUAAUGAGAUUCAUAUUAAAAAAGUCACAAACUGACUAUCUCCUAAGAAACCAACACAUUUUUUCCCUGUGAAUUUGUUGAUUAAAGAUGGCUGAGCAUGUACCUUUUUUUGGUAACUUGAAUUCUACCUCUUGUGAAAUCUACUGUAGAUAAGAUGAUUGUCAUUUCCACUUGGAAAAUGAAUCUUCCAUGGAUAAUUGUAUUCAUUCAAACCUAAGCUAUCCUCCAGUUUUAACUUGACUCAGACAUUUUACAGUUAUGACAGCCUGUUAAUAUGACUUGUACUAUUUUGGUAUUAUACUAAUACAUAAGAGUUGUACAUAUUGUUACAUUCCUUAAAAUUUGAGAAAAAUUAAUGUUAAAUACAUUUUAUGAAGGGGGGUACUUUUGAAGUUCAUUUAUUUUACUAUUAUAGACCCUCUUUUAUAGAUUAUCAGGGAUUAUAAUAUAUAUAUACACACACACACACAAAUAUACAUAAAAUGCUACGGAGUUAAUUUAUUAGAAACACUUAAGAAGUACAUAUUUUUGUGCAGUAAAUUUUUGAAUCAAUGCUUUUUUUGAAAACCAGUGACCUUGUUUUAAGUUCUUUCUAUAUUUUUCUUUGGAAAUGCAAACAUUACAAGUUAAUGCCAUUUUUCAAAUGCACUGCCAUUUAAGAAUGAUUCUAGAUUGAUUUCCUAACUGAAGUACUUUUAUAAUCACAGUGAUUCUGAACAAAAUAUUUUCAAAGGCAUUUCUCAUUCCUUAAAGCCAAGAUUUUAAAGACCAAUGUCCUUCUUGAGGGUUAUUUUACUAUACUAUGUAUGGUGUAUAGCCACAAAAAAUCAGUCUGAUAAAUUUUAAUGUGCAGGGGUGAUGCAUUUCAACCCAAAUUAUCAUAGACUGAAGUCAUUAUAUUUCCUUUGAUAUGUAAAAUGACACACUCUUCUCUUUUAAUCUUUGUCUUUAAUCCAUGAAUGAGAGGCAUUUUCUCUUUCCUUGAUGCUUUUAUAUCUGCACUCACUCCGUGAGUUCUGACAAAAUGUUUUCUAGGUAAUGCUAUUGUAUGAGUCACAAUUGGUUGAAUUUUAAAGAAAAACAAAAUUGUAAUGUUGGUUUUUUGGUGAAAGGUAUUGUAACAGUUGUAUGUUUUUCCAAAAUAAUUUAUUCUACUGAUUAUGAACUUGUAAGUAAAUUCACAUCUGAAGAGUCUUUAUUGCUCUUAAACAUGCAAUUCCAAAUGAUAUCACUACUAUAAACAAAACUAUUAUCAGCCUUAGCAAUCGGUGAUCUUUACAAAAGUCUUUUACUUUUACAAAAUUAUGAAUUAUCAACAUCAGUUCCCAACCAACCUGGUGUCCUCAGGUGGGUUGCAGGCGGUUACAGGUGUGCAGAGCUUGAAUCUCCUGAGCUUUCAGAGUAGCCAGUGGCUGAGGCCUCUGGCAGCUGGAGGUUCUAGCUGGUUGCCUUUAGCCUGGAGGAGCGUCACCUGGUUACCCAGCAGGCUGAACAAGCAGCUUCCAGACAGCCUCGUUUGCUGUGCAGGGUUAUGCAGUGAAAAAUGUUGGGAAACACUGAUAGGGUACAAUUAUUUCUAUUACUCCAUAUUUGAAUAAUUCUUAGUUACUUUUCUUGAUUAAAAAGUUACACGUUGCCAACAAUGAUUUCUUUAUGUCCGAGUCCAGUUAAAAAUUUUUCUUGAGGUUUUUAGAUUUUACUUUUUAUUUUCUUUAAUUUACGUUUUAUUUCCUUCUCAAAUCUCCUUGGCCCAGCGCCUAACGGGGAAACGUCACUGCAAAAGCAUAAACCUUUCAUUACAAAAUUGUGGCACCAGCUUCACAUACUAAAUUACUGCUGUAACAAAUAAGUAUCAGGAGGUAAAAAUCUGGAGGAAUCCCCUUGUUUCCCUGCUUCCCAAGUAGCUAACUCUGAUUUGAGGAAGAAAGGCCAAGCUCUGAGAGUCUAGGGAGGUAACAGUAAUUGCAGCUCCUGGCCAUUUGUUGGGGUGUCUCAGUCUUGAGACUGAGCCUUACCCAGCCAGCUUUGUCCUGUUUUUGUGCUCAGUCUCCACUCCCAGGCUUAGCUCAUCCCUCCUGUUCCUGAGACUUUCAGCCAAAUCUUAUCCAUCUUUCAAGGACUCUCCUGUGCACUCCUUCCUCCCCAUAGAUUUGUUACCAGUGCCUCGUUGAGUCCAGAACAGUGCCUGACACGC